AUGCCGCCUGGCUGGUCGCAAGCCAGCGACCAUUCGACCCACGACACCACCGCACGCAGUCGCUACUCGUUUGAGUCAUCCUACGAUAAUGUGUUUCUGGCGUCUCCGGAGCAUUGCUUGCCACCGUAUGGGCCAGACCACGCACUGUCGCUGAUGGCGGCCAACGACGUCUUCCUCGCGCAUCUCCCCAGCCAUGAAACCCACGAGCAAGGGCAGGGGCAAGGGCAAGGGCAAGGGCAAGGGCAAGGGCAAGGGCAUGGGCAUGGGCACGCGGCCCGGCCGGCAUUCAAGAAACAACCAGGCAUGCACUGGAGCGCUCACCGGCCAAACUCGGCCGACGCCGCGACGCCAGCCCGGACCUUGGCGCCAUCAUGCCCCCCCAAGCAUAAAGGCGGCAGCGGCAGCAGCAGCAGCAGCAGCAGAAGCAGCUCCGAGGCCUACCUCACCCCCGGCGCGGCCGCCCCGGGUCCGCAGAGCCUGCUGUGGCUGUCCGGCGGACACGAGCCCUUCGCAGCAGCCUCGUCCGGGCGCAUCGGACCCGGCGGCAGAAGCAGGCGGAGCAAGGCUCUCGAGCGCAACCGCAUCGCCUCCUUCAUGUCCCGCGCCAAGACCAAGGAGUCGGAGCGCAACCUGGAGCUGACCAUGCGGCAGCUGGAGAGCAGGCACUACGAGCUCAAGGAGGAGCACUCGCGGCUCCUGCAGCAGUCGCUGCAGCUCAAGACCGAUAUAAUAUACCACGCGGGGUGCCACGACCACAGGGUGGACGCCUGGAUCGCCAGCGAGGCCCAGAGCUUUGCCCAGCGGCUCACGUGCGACGAGCAGCGAGCGCAGAUUGACGAGGAGACUCUGCUGAUGAUGGAACUCGGCGACUCUCCCAGCCAUUUCGGACCCCUAUCAACAACGUCGACCAUUCACCAUGCGUGA